AUGCAGCUGAAGCGCCAGCGACCGCCACCCGCCGCCUCGGAAGGCGACGACGGGAGGGGGACGACCCCAUCCAAGCGGCCCCGACUCUCGCGGCCCCCGAUCGGGCGGAGGGCGGGACCGGACCUCCUCUCCGCGCUAUCCGACGAGCUGCUGGUGCGCAUCCUCUCGCUCCUGUCCCUGCCGCACCUGCUGGCCGUCGCGCCCGUCUCGCGCCGCCUCCACUCCCUCGCCGCCGACUCGCAGCUGUGGAAGGCCCUGUACUACGCCCGCUUCGUGCUGCCGCGCGCCAUGAGGAUACCGGGGUUUAGGGCCGCCCGCGACGCCAGCAGCGGGGGGGGAGGAGGAGCCGUGGGCGGCGGCGCGAGUGGCGGCCAUAAGCUGCACUACUCAGGCCGGCGGGCGCUGUGGGCGGACGGGCGCAGGGGAGGAUUGGUGGCGCGCGAGUCUGCAGGCGGCCAGGGGGGAGAGGGCCUCUGGGGUCGGGAUGCGCAGCAUGAUAGGGUCAACUGGAAGCGGCAGUACAAGCUCCGGCACAAUUGGGCGAGGGGGAAAUGCGCGGUGGAAGAGCUCAGGAUAGGCGGCGAAACGGCCGACGCGCACGAGGGCCGCAAGAUGCUCGUCAAGGUCGUCGAGGGCGUGGCCAUCACGGCCGACAGGGCGUCGGGGCUGCGCGCUUGGGACUUGAAGACGCGCGAGAUCCUGGCGCACGCCAGCCUCGGUAACAGCGGGGGCGGGGAGGAUUCGGCGCCGAGCUGCCUGGCCAUUGAUGACAGGGAACUCGACGAUAUGGCCAUCAGCAUUGCGGUUGGCUUUCUGGACGGCAGCUUUGGAGUCUGGCGACUAGACAUUAAGGGAGGCCAACUUGAACGGCAGUAUCGGCACCGGAAAUCCAUGAACGGCGAGAUAAUCGGGAUGGCGUUCUCGUACCCCUAUCUACUUACGGCAACUGAGUCGGUUCUCGUCUCUCUAUAUACCUUCGAAAUACCGGGCGACGGGCUUGAUGGCGGACCGGACUUGGGAGAGGGCACCCAGCGCGGACCCAGGCAGCGGUCAGAAAAGGCGCUUCCAGAGAGUCUCGGCGGUGUGGAGGGACCCAAAACUGACAAGGAGAGCACGUCCCAGACAGGGGAAGAUGUGUUGCCCGCACCAUAUCUAUUAACAUCUCUCGAGUCGCGUACCUCACGACCACCUCUGGCCCUGUCGAUACGGAAAACCGGCACUACGACAACUAUUGCCUCCAUCGCCUACACCUUCUCAACGCGCCAAGGCUGGUCGAUUGGCUUGCAAGACCUACACAUCAAGCACCGCUCGACAAAGCUCAAGGCAGCCCCCGAUAUCACAACCACCCGACUCGCAUAUACGACUCCGAUUGACUCCGGGUUGUCACCAUCCUACAGGAACCCAUCACCACCAGCAACGCCUCCCCGCCGACACGGCCAAACACCGGUCAACCCCGACUCGUCACGAACAUCCCCAUCAUCAUCACCUUCUACAUCACCACAACCACUACCCACACCCACACCCACACCCACCCCAACCAACCGCAGCGAGCCCGGCCCCACAAACCUCUGCUACACGCACCCGUACCUCCUGGCCACCCUCCCGGACAACACGCUCGUCCUGCACCUCUGCACCUCGACGGCCUCGUCGCUCAACGUCUCGCCGGGGAUCCGGCUGUGGGGCCACACCUCGGGCAUCAGCGACGCCGAGAUCACGGCCCGCGGCAAGGCCGUCAGCGUCAGCUCGCGCGGCGAGGAGAUGCGCGUCUGGGAGCUCGAGGGCGGGCGAAGUGCCGCUGGGUCGGGAGGCGGCGGCGGUGGCGAUGGUGGUGUUGGGGCGGGCCGGAGCGUCGAGAUCAGGCCCGGUGGUGGUGGCUACCAGUCGUCUUCGCCGCUGACACGCGCCGACGAUGGCGGGGGCGAGGCGGGGGAUGGCUAUGGCUAUGGAUAUGGCUGGGAUGAGAGGCGGAACUGGGUCGGGUUUGACGACGAGAUGGUGAUUGUGCUGAAGGAGAGGAAGGGCGGGGGGGAGAGUUUGAUGGUUUACGACUUUACGUAG